CUUAUAUUGGAGUUUCACCUUCUAAGAUGGCAUGGCUUAGUAGUUAUGUUGUCCAUCAUGUACUUCAAACGUACUGUGUUCAGAUCAUGCGAUAACAUUGGUCAAGUUACUUACGUCUAACUGUCUCGAAUGACACAUACUCACUACGGUAUGACGUAUAAUACAGAUCCUAUGGCUAGUUCACGUAGAUUUUCGGAAAACUAGUACAUGGUUAGUGAGUGUGUCAAGUAAUUGGACGAAAGAAUUCUGCGUCAUCUGAUCCGAGCUGUUGUUGAUGAUUAGUGACGAGAUAGAUGACCAUGUCAGACGCUUGUCAACUGUAGAGAAGAUAUCGGGCUAUCGAAACUGCCAUUCAGUAGCAUCUUAUACUGGAAAUGGUAGUCACAAGGCGGGAUAUUCUUCUUCUUCAUCCUUUCCUAGGCAUAUCACACUCAAAAAUAACUCAUACUAUCAUUUCUUCAUAAAUAAUAUAAAUGAACAAAAACUUAGUAUCUAUAAUAAAUUUUAUUUAUUUAUUUUAGAUGUUAGAACAUGGUUUAAAUUAUCAUGAUGAAUCUCCAUUAGCACGUUUUCCAUCAUCGUCUGUUUAA